AUGUUCGCACUAAUAGUAUUGUUUCUCUGUCUUUUUGCGGCAUUUCCUGAAAUGUUUUUUUGCCUUUGUGCUUUGUUCUUGUCCGUCUGCUUUUCUGUCUUUGUUCGCUUCUCGCUUGGUGUCUUGUAUGCCACACUUUACACCUUGUCGUUCUUUUUUGCUUGUCGCCCUUUGGGGUCUAUUCACUGGCUCGCCACUGACCUGGUCCUUGAUUUUUGUUGGAAUGUUGGGUUACGCCCCCACGGUCUUUUGGUUGAAUGCUUUCUCCUCUCUUUCUAUGGGGUUAUGAUUCUGCUUGCCUACGGGUUCCUCUUUUGGAAGAAAGGGCCUCCACUGCCUCCUUCAACACGGCCGCAGCAUUGUCAUAGAGAAUAUCUUCAUGGCCUGGAUUUUUUAAGGCGAUGCGAAGAAGAAGAAGAGCGUUUGCGUCGUGCCCGUGCUGAUGCUUUUUUUGCUCGCCGUGCCUUCGCUGCCUCAUCGGAUUCUGGACAGUCUGCUAUGCCUGCUGCUUCUUCUACGCCUGCUUCUGCUUCUGCUGCUGCUGCUGCUGCUUCCUCCACAACAUGUGUUGCCGCUUCCUUUGUUCGACCUAAAAAUCGUUCACCGGUUGUUGGCCGUGUUCUCGGUCGUAGUAGUAUCGGUAGUUGUGGUCGUAGUGCUGUUCUCGUAGCUGAAAAGCCUACCUUUGCUCCCUCUGUUUCCCGACAUUAUUGUUGGCCGUCUCAUGCUGCAUUGCGUAGUGCUGCUAGUAGUGCUGUUACCGCCCCGGCCAUCAUCGUAGCUGCUGUCAACGAAACACCUGUUAUGGUUCAACCUGAGGUCUACCCAUCAUUGCCUUCUUUUCCCGCUGUUGCUAUGGAUGUGCAUGAAAGUAGUCCGCAAACUCUUGUUUCGAGCUACAGGUAUUCUGGCUCUAUCGCUCAAGGCUUUCGACGUAGUGGUCUUCCGCUCAUGUUAUGUUUGUGGCUCCAUCGCAAUCGACUUUCUUCGGAUCGUUGUGCGCGUGUGCUUCUUGCUCGUAAGGGUAAGUUGCUCGCCCGACGUAACCGUAGUCAUCAACGUUCGAUUAAUAAGGACGAAGCUAUGGAUUGGGAAUUUUCUGGUCCUUGUACUGAAGUUCACUUUCCCUCUGGCGCUACUCCCAUGAUGAUCGAUGAAGAUGUCACCUCUUCGGAUUACUUGUUCUCUUCUGGUUCUGUUGGUGACAGUAGUAAUUCUCACUCUGUUUCUUCUUGUGAUGAAAUGGAUGUUGACAUUAUGUAUGAGGAGGAUAUCAUAAUGGAAGAGGCUUCACAUUCACUUGCUGCUGGUCGUCAUCUACCACCAUCGAUGAUGCUUUCAGUGAGGAACCCUGAUGCCACUGUUGUUGCUGCUGUUGAUGCCCCCCUAUCGGCAGUAGUACCAUCAAGUAUCAAUUCCCUUUCUGUGAAUGACGUUUAUCCUGCUGGCGUAUGGGCUUCUUCUUGUUCUGCUGAGGUUCAUGCAACGGAUAUGGAUAUUGAUGCUAGCGUGGAUUGUUCGGAAAGCGAUGUUGCUCCUCAUCGCCCUGGUGUCCAAGGUGCCUCUGCCACGGUUGCCUCUCCUUCUCUUGCACCGGUUCUUCGCGAACGUCUGGUACGUAGCCUUGGCCCAGUGGCUUCUUCAAAUUCCGUUUCUUCAACAGAAACGAUGACAACAACGUUCGAAGCAACAGCAACGACCACCACCACCACCACCACCACCACCUCCGCCGCCUUCUUCACUUCCCUUUCCUCCGCCGCCUCUUCGACAGCAACGACUGUCAAAGCUGAGUCCGACUCUGAGGACAAUGAUGUUAAUGACGUUGAAGCUGAAGAUUGGCUGUUCUAA